AUGAUCUGUGACAAAUGCGAAAACAAUCGAAAUGCUCUUGUAGACCUUCAGCUGUCGUUGUUAUCUUCUGUGGUAAAGUAUAGGCGAGUAUAGACUCCUGCGUUUGAAAGAAAGUUAUUUAAUGAAGGCAAGCGCUGACGCAAAUGUGAAGGAAUCUGAGCGGAGAGCCUGAACACUACUGAACAGAUACUACUAAGAAGUUUGAAUGCCACGGAAGCCGCAAACAUGAACCCAAUAUGGUCGCAAAGAUGCUACAACUAUUGAAAUGAAGUAGGAGAACUGACACAAGUUUCAGGAGGAGCCCGAGGGGGUAAUGACCAAUAAAAAUGAGGAAAUGGAGGGAAUUCAACGUCGCCUGUGUUCGCUUACUGGCCCGCGCACUACCCCCACCUUCACGCUUCGAAUUGCUUUGCUUUGUAGCUUUUUCACCAAUUUUGAAUAAGCAAUAGAAAUUAUUUUUUUAAUAUUUCUAUAGAAUAUUUAAACCGUUGAUAUUGUCAUAUCAAUUUACUUAGCACUGAAGAAUAAUUUAGUUCAUUUUUCUGUUAAAGCGGUAACGACUAAGAGGAAGAAAUAAGAUAUAAGGUUGACACCGCUUUUCCCAAAAUUGAGGAAUGGAAGGCCCACAUCCUUCGGGCAGCCCACGAGGAUGGUGCAAAAAGUGACGUAAUUGACAAUUUGUUGACAACCCAGAUCUUUCCGAUUACGGAUUGGGCCAUGAAACUUUUGCCAGCCAGUUUCAGAGAAACACAGCGGGACUGGUUUGGCAAAAACGAAAAAUCGAGGCAUGUGGCAGUUGCAGUGACUAAGAGUGAAGAUGAGGAGAGAGAGGUAGUCACCUGAAAAUGGUUAGUGUAGAACCGUCUGGUUUGAUUGAAACUAUGUGGUUAAAUUCUAAUGGAAAGGGGGUGUUUUAUCAAGUUAGAAAUAUGCUCUAAUGAAAAUGUUAUUUGGGUAAUGACGGCGUCGCAUGAUGUAAUCCCUGUGCACCACCAGAUGCCUAAAUGUAUCUGGAGUAGUUUAACUCAUUGCUAAGUCCGUCUUUGACUUUUUUUUUCAGGCCCGAACCUACAUCCAUUUGUUCGAAGAAUUUACUCCAAAUUGGUUUGCUGUGGCUUCAAUCAUAGAGCGCACACUAUCGCUAUUCCGAACAGCUACCGGUCAUUGGUCAUUUGUGUACAGAGCCACUCGGUUAUGAAAUGAAGUUAACCCCGGACUCUAACUGAUGUGAAUAAUUUGAUUACUUUUAAGGAUGUUCUUAAAAGUAGCGCUUGCGAGUAUUUUAUAGUUUCAUAGAAUCUAGACCUAGACUCUUUUUAUACUAGCCAGGAUAGUUUUUAUCUAUUUCUAGUGUUUGGAUGCAUUUUUUGCUAAAAAAAAAAACAUUUUAUUUGAGUGAGAAAUAAAAUAAUUUUUUUUAAGGUCACGACAUCUCAAGUGCUAGAGCUAUGAAAACUGCUAUUGAUUCCUAUGGUGGAGUUAAACGGUGCCAUGUAGCAGUUGUGAAGAUUCAGGAGUCUAACCAAACAAUGAAGAAGCACACAAUGACCGGAAUUCAGGCUCUCAAUAAUUUCAGCUUCGACUUGUCAGGUUUGCGAGUAUGGAGGGCCUACAAUGUGGGCCCUGGAAAGCUUUUCACACCAACACAGGUGAAGCGAUUUGGUUUGCCUCAGGGGCCUAUAGCUACCGGUCCGCAAGUCGUGCAGCCCUUUAGCAUACCACGGGAGGAUGUUGGUGUCUUUAGAUCUUUGUCAAAGAGGGUCGAGUGCGUGCGUCCUCAACCUUGCACUCCACAAUCUGUUGUUAAAUUACCCAGCCGAUGA